GACCUCCCUUCUCUAUUUCAGACAAGAGUAAUGCGGAUAUGGCAAGCAGAAGCUGCAGGACUACUUCUCCUUCAACUCCUAAUAGCAAGUGCAUUCGCAGCAGAUCUUCGAAACCCUGACUUUGAAACACCACCAACAAACAUACCAAAAAACUCAACAAACCAAUCUAUACCACUGAAUUCAACAAUCAAUACCCUGCCAGGAUGGUCAUAUCAAGGCACUGUACAGUAUGUAAUUUCUCCAAGUCAGGGAGGGAAUGCAAUUUAUUUAGGACAAGACGGAAAGAUUAACCAAACGUUUAAAGCAGUCAAACAAUUUGAUCAGAAUUAUGAUUAUUUACUUACAUUUAGUCUUAAACCAGCUCAACCAAAUUGUACUAGUCCUACUAGUGUUACCGUAUCUGUUCCGGAUAGAUCGGUUGUUGUUUCUUUUGAAAAGAAAUUUGGGAAUUCAAGUAGUUGGCAAAGUCAUGCCUGUUAUCUGGGUGUUCAUGGGAAUAAAGAGUUGAUUAAUCUUACUAUUGAAAAUCAAAGUACGAACACCACUAAAUGUGGUGUGGUUUUGGAUUCAUUCAUUUUCGAGCUAAUUCCGAAUCCUAUAGAUUAUGACACUGACUUCUGGUUUGGAUACGAAAAUGGGAAAGAAAUCACCAAACUAAAGAAAAAACUGGUGCUAAAUGGCGGGUUCGAAGUCGGGCCAGCAUUUUCCAACAAUUCCCUUGGUGGCGUUCUAAUGAGCGCAGAAUCAAAUCCAGCUAAAUCGCCAUUAAACCAAUGGGCAAUAUUUGGAACAGUGAAAUACAUAACUACAAACAAAAACUAUAAAGUUCCAGAAGGAGUUGCUGCAGUAGAGCUUGUUUCAGGGAAAUCAAGUGGAGUACAAACAACAGUUACACUAAAAAAAGGUUCGGAGUAUCAUUUGGAAGUUUUCGUUUCUGAAAAUAAUGAUGCAUGCAUUGGUAAAUUCAAAGUGGGUGUUCAAGCAGGAUCAAUAGUUCAUGAUUUCGUAAUGGGAAGAAAUCGAAGGGGUAAUGGGAGGAGUUUUUCAUGGAUAAUCAAAGCAGAAUCGAGUGUAACUCCUAUCAGUAUUCGGAGUUCCGCAACAACAAAAACUAAAGAUCAAGUUUUCUGUGGUCCUGUUAUGGAUAACGUUAUUAUAGAACUUCUUGUUUCAUAUGGCUUGAAAUUGCAAAUAAGUAUUCUGUUUGUUGGUAUUGGGUUUCUUGCAACUCUUGCACAGAUUACUGGAUAGAUAUAUUGUUGCAGAAAAUGGAGUGACGUUUGUGUUUUACAGUUUGUUCGUUCUUUGAUUUUACGAGAUUGUCUCUGCUGAAUAAAACUUUUCUAUGUUCCUAUUUUUGGCAUAAUUGGUUGUGCAUUAGUCUGGUGUGUGGCUUACAAUGUUCCCGGCAACUGAAAUUGCAAAACAGAAUUGUGUUCUCUGUCAAGAA